UUCUGCACCAGUUGUUAGCCAAAAAUAAACCCCAUUCCACAACCAUAUAUGUGCAAUAGGCUGCUGGUAAGUGGAAGCUUCCUCCAGCACUGCUGUUACUCCACAAGGCCAAGGGAGUCUGCCACUGCUGCCAGGCAAUGCACAUAACCCAGCUCAACCGGGAGUGCCUUUUACAUCUCUUCUCUUUUCUGGACAAAAACAGUAGGAAAAAUCUAGCAAAAACAUGUCACAAGUUGCUAGAAGUGUUUCAGGAUCCUUUACUGUGGUCUUUGUUGAACUUUCAUUCUCCAGUGGAACUAAAGAAGGAUAAUUUUCUCCUGGGACCUGCUUUAAAACACUUGUCCAUCUGCUGGUAUUCAGAGAGAGUCAAGGUCUGUAACACUGAGGACUGGAUGAAAAACAGUUUCCAGAAAGACUUCUGUAAGACGCAUGAGAACACUGUCAGUGAUUUUUUACUAGAUGUUUGCAACAGAUGUCCAAAUCUGCUGUCUCUGACCCUCUCUGGAUGUGGCCACGUUACAGACAACUGCAUUUUGCAGCUUCUCAAGAACUGCCCAAACCUUAAGAGCCUCAAACUGGAGAACUGUGUGCGGAUCACCGACCACACCCUGAAGGCAGUGACGCUCCAUGGGGCAUCACUUCGAACGCUCCACGUGGAUUUCUGCCGCAAUGUAACACAAGCUGGGCUGGAGAGCGUCAGGGAAAAGUGUCCUUCAGUAAUGCUGAGAGCAGAGAAAAGUGCUAACAUGAUCCCAGACAGUAAGCCAGAAAAAAAGUUGAUGCUUGAAAAAGCAUCAAGAAAAUUGGUACAGCUUUAAAUGCAGCAAAAUAAUCAGUGUGGGUAUUUUACCUCACUGAGGUAGCAAUGAAAUAUGGCUACUUCUGUGGAUUCUGGUCAAGUCCUAACAAAUGAUUGUUUUGUAAAGGGUGUACUGGGAAAAUGCAUGCAUCUCUUCCUGGACGGGCUUCAGGAAAAAACUGCUCUCUGUUGUUCCUUGGGACUGGAACACACUGCAUUGCUGUCACAAAAUGCCAGACCUGCAGAAAUUGCAGUUCUGAUACCCUCCUGAACUGCAUAUGCACCUCAUUCAGAAGAGGAAAGCAGCAUUGUGUUUAUUAAGGCCAAAUAAUUUGAUGCAGUUCAAUAAAGUUGAUGGACUUUUAAGAAA